AAUAAAGUUCUGGCUAAAUUCUGUACUAUCAAUCCCAUCUAACAAUUGAAUGCUAAAUUCUAAAAUUCCCAAUAUUAACAACUAUGCGAAUAAAUGAAAUAGAAUAAUAAAUCAACAGGUAUCAAGUAUAUGGCCAAAGCAAUCUUCUCAUUGAAAAGAGAAUUAGAUUCUUAAUCGAAUAAUAUACAAUUAAUACAAUAAGUGACUCAAGAAGUUAAAGGUUUUAUGAUAAGCAAAAAAUAUGAUAUUCGUUCAUAUAGGCAAUUGACUCAAAUCUACAAAUAUGUAUAAGAUUCGGAGUUUGCCUUAACAAUAUUCCCAAGAAGUAAACCAUUAAGAGAAAAAUAAAAAAAAGUGCUUGCUCUGCAUGAAUUAGAUAGAUUUGAUGAAUAUUUCACUUAUAAUAAAUUAGAUGCUCCUGCUUUAAAACACGAAGAAGAAGCCAGGAGGGAAGAUAUAAUUAAUUCAAGACUCGAUACAUUGAAUCCAUUGGGCUUAGAUUUGUUUGCAUAAUCUCCUGUUUAAGUUGUUCUUACAAUCUAAACACCGUAAUUAGAUUAAGUGAUGCUUCUGACGCUUUUGAUUAGUUCUGGAGGCAUAGAAUUUAAGGAUCUUUCAGUUUUUGACAAUGUGAACUUGAGACAAGAAUGGCAUUCAAAAUUAUUAGACAUUGUGGAGGAAUAUACAGAUUCUUAUAGAGCAGAUGUGUUAGAUUUAUCAGAUCCAUUCCAAAGUAAUAUUGUUAAGUAUUUAAAUGCUUUUGGAUUUGAGGCACAGGACGCUUAUUAUUUAGAGUUACUAGCCAUUCUUUCAGAGUAAAAUAACUAUAUGAACUGGUUGAAUGAUUUACACAACAUAGUAUUAGCCAAUUAAAUACAUUCUGCAUGAAGAUGAAUAUUUAGAAUAAAAUAAAAUUGAAUGGUUAAAUUAUAUAAAACCAAAUUUAAUGUUUUUUU